UUCUUGUCACUUGACACAUCACGUAUCCAGAAUAAAAAGAAUCCCUAGUGUUUCCCUAGUGAACUUUGAUCAUUGUAAAACCAUUAAACCUGUAUGGAGGAACCAUUGGAACCAAAAGAUGAAAUUACUGAUGUGGAUUUGUAUGGUGAUCUUGAGUUUGACGUGACUAAACAGGUUUCUUUUGACGAGAUGAAAGCAAAGUGUGAAGUACAAGCAUCAACAAUUAUCGAUCUUGAAAAAGAGAACCUACAGCUCAGAGAACAGAAUGAAAUAUUAAAAACUAAUAUUUCAUCGUUAUACUUAACUGCUCGGAAUGAGGUCACACGUAAAGAUGCAGAAAUUAAGAGAUUGCAAGAGAUUGAAGUGAAAAGCAGAAAAUAUAGACAUAUUGCUAAAGAUAACCAGGGCAAGUGAAAUAAUAUUGCUAUGACUUAUGAAACACUGUCAUUUAGACAAUGGUCAUUUGACUAUUGACUAUUGACUAUCCCAUAUUCAUUAAGCUUUUCAUUAUAAAAUGUUCAAAACACAACUCACAGCAGUGAUGUAAAGUACGUAUUUUGAAUCUGAUCAAAGAGUAAUCAAAGAUGAACACCUGUAUAUACACUUU